AUGGAGGACCGCAUCGACCAUUUGCCUAAACUACCUGAAAUUCAGCAGCAAAAACUAACUAUUCCUGAAUUCGACGAAAUUGAAGUCAAAGCAACUGACUCAGUAGAAAUUAAGAAAUUCAUACGUAAAGUAAAUUAUGAAUUCCUUGGUUUUCAUUGCAACCAUAAAGUUAUGGACAAAGAUUGCGACAUGGUUUAUAAAAAUAUUUCUGACCUUUACAAAUCCGAAGAAUUUAAGACAUACGAUAACUUUGUUUCAUUAGUUGCAAAAUGUGUAUGGCAGAUAAGAGAUAAAGAUAGAAGAGGUAAAGUAUGGAAUGAACAAAUAAGACCCGCUAUGUUUGAGAUGAAGAGAGCAAUUGACGCUUUAGUUAUUUUAGCUGGUAAUGUUUCAAUGUAUAACGCAAAAACGAUGCCGCAAUGUUCAAAAUGUAAAGCAGCAAUAAGAAAAUAUAACUACUCAGUCAAAGAGAUAGAAAGAAUGCGAAACGACUAUGCAGACUUAAAGAAAGAAGCAGAAAAGCCAGCAGAAGAUAAAAUGGAUAUGUUGACAUUUCUUAAUAAAAACUAUCCAACAGCAGAAGAUUUCCUUUUAUCUGACGUCAAGAAGAAGUAUAAAGAAACCUUCGGCAUUGUUAAAACAUUCGAUGUACUAAAAGAAGAAAUAGAAGCUACGAAACUGUUUAGGAUUUCAAAUAUACAUCGUACAAUUCAUGUAAAACGCUUGUGA